AUGUUUUCAGUUCCAAGUGAUAAUCAGUUGGACGCACUACCGGAAAGUUACAAUGAUCCUCAGCAAAUCACACUGGAACGUCCACCAACAAUAGACAAUUAUCGUUUAACGAUACAAAAUCUUCGCAAUGCAGGUCAUUCAAUUCGACCAUCCAUGAUCGAACUGAUGCAUGGCGCUCGUCAGGCUGCAACUCUCGCUCAGAAGGAUCUAGGAUUACGCAGAUCGCACAGUCAACUAUCUGGCUGUCGUGCAGCUGAUUACUCUUAUGAUAUAUUCAAGCCGCAGUCUAUUCCGAGACCCAAAAAAAUCGACUUCUUCCAGAAGUUUUUGCUGUAUUCAUUGACAGUUGCCGGUCUUGCGGUUGUUCUACUAUCAACAUUGGUAUGCGUUGUGACGGCUAUAUCAAUAUGUGGAAUUUCAUCGAAUGGAAUCACCAAAAAAGGUGGAUUGUACUAUCUGGUUUCAAGGUCUUUGGGACCGGAAUUCGGUGGUUCGAUUGGUGCGAUUUUUGCGCUUGCAAACGCUAUGAUGGCAUCGUUGUAUAUAGUGUCCGUAGCGGAGACUAUAUCUGAUUUGAUGGUGGAGCAUGAAUACGGUUUUGUGACGGACAAUAGGAUCAACGACAUUCGAGCAAUUGGAAUUGUGAUAUGUGUUAUAUUAAUGCUGAUCACGUUUGCUGGUCCGGAUAUAGAGCAAAGCUUCACACUGUUCAUGUUCUCGUUGUAUUACUUGUCGUUUUUUAAUUGGUGUCUCGGCUCGUUGAUUCCACCAAACGAAGAGCAACAAUUACGUGGCAUGACUGGAUAUAGUUUGGCGACAAUAUCACAGAAUCUGUUACCUGCUUGGCGAGGCGAGAAUUUCAUUUCAGUGUUUGCUGUCUUCUUUCCUGGUAUGACAGGACUGAUGGCUGGAUCGAUGUUCAUCAAUGAUCUUAGAGAUCCAGCGCGUGACGUACCAUUGGGAAUGUUCACAUCGAUAGCGGUUUGCUCGUUGUUCAAUCUGAUCGCCGUUUUCAUAUCCGGUGCCACAAUGCUUCGCGAUGUUUCGGGUGCAUCCAUACCAAUCUACAACGAUUCCACACAUCAAUGGGAUGCAUUCCCAUGUGCAGCUAAUUUCACAUGCAAAUAUGGCCUGAUGAAUUAUUUUCAAAUCGCUGAACUCGAAGCCGCAUGGGGACCAUUAAUAAUUGCCGGAAUUUUUGCAAUGUCACUGAGUUCAACGAUGACAAAUCUGGAUAAUGGCCCGCAAAUCUUUCAGGUUUGGGAUGGAAUUAUUCGACUGAAAUAUUAG